AUGGCGACUCAACGACGUUCGGAUGCAAUGCGUCGGAUGAUGGAAGUGAGCAAAAAGAACGAUUCUGACGAAGAGGAAGAACACGAAGUGCCCAGUCUGGCGGAUAUCUGUGCUAGUUCCAUUGCUACCUGUAUCUUCAAGGUGAGUGCGUUUUAUGUGGAAUCUCUGAAAACUUUACGUUUAGACAAAGAUACGAUGGAGGAAGCUGAGCGAUCUGGCGUUUGAGUUUCAGUACUUAUCCGAUGAUCUCAAAAUUCCCAAGCCAAUCCAACGUGUUCUUUACGGAGCUAUGGAUAACGUACUUGCGGAAGCCAAGAGAUGGGGUAAGUUCUCUCCCUUUAUAUAAAAGUCAAGCGAUUUUGCAGACGCGAAGCAUCUGGAAAUGUUCAUCGAGCCGGCGAAGAGCAAAAGACGAGCCCUUCCGAAGAGUGAGCUGCUCCGAACUUUCUACUCGAAGUUAGUGUGGAAGCAGCACAGGUGAGUGAUGAGUUGACCUCUGCUCUCGUCAGUUGUUUCUUUCUUUCCUUUCAGCUGUGAAAUUGAUGAUGUCGCCACAUGUUUGCACUUGAUCGAAACGGAAUGCAAGAACUGGCCACUACUUCAGUUUCAGUUCGCCUGCCUUUAUGCGAAAACCGAACUGAUUUAUGAUGAUUGGAGAUUCGAUAACUACAGAUUGUCAUGCUUCAGGUGAGCCAAAAGAUCUCUUGUGAUCUUUACCAUACCCUUUACGCUUCAGAAAGCAAGUGAGUGACCAUCCUGUCUACGAUUUCUGGUUGACAAUGAUGGCCAGUCUGAACAAAGAUCGGGAAUUCUUCGGAAGUUCGCGCCGACUGCCGAAUCAGAAAGUUGCUCAAUGCUUUCUUUUCGCGAUCAGAAAUGGAUAUCUGCAGUUGGUGGAGUACAUUUGGGAGCAGUUAAACGACAGAGAUCGGGAGGCGAUCGGAUUGAUCGAGUGGAGGAACAUGUGUCUGAGGGCGAGGGACGGUGCGGCGAUCAGCUUCCUUUGCCAUCAUUUGUGCAGAAUGAAUGCGCUGGGAACGUGCAGAAUCGCGUGGGGAGCAUUCUUCGACGCAUUCCAGCACUUGGUGCAUGUAAGUUCAAGUUUUUGUGAGGUUGGAGACAAAGAAUGCGCAGUUCAGAACGAGCAAAGUGACGUGCUGGAGAAGAAUCAGUUCAGAAGAAAGUUCGAGUUCCUUCUGAAGCACUGCUGUCCGACACUUCGCGCCAGACUGAUCAAACAUUCUCAUUUCAGGUAUCUAACUGAAAACCCGUUCUCUACACAGAUUCAGCUUCAGAUUGAUCUGCGACGCAUUCCGAUACAAUGAGCAAGAAGUGUUCUCUCUUUUGCUCCAUUACAUGGACCCUGCCGACAUGGCGUCGGCUCGCGAGCACAUUGACCGCAUAUUCGAUCGGAACAAGACGAAGAGCGGCGAUCGGCUGAGGAGGACUCUGAUGAGAAGACAGCAGACUGUUCAGUGA